AUGGUGCUGUCAACCCUCCUGCUUCUCAGUGUCCUCAUUGGCCUCUUGCUACUCUGGGGUCACCCAACCUCCCGGGGAUGCGUCCCUCCAGGACCUUGGCCUCUGUCCUUCCUGGGGAACAUUUUGCAAAUAGACCACCAGGGCUUUCUCAAGACCUUCCAGUCGCUGCAGAAGAAAUAUGGGGACGUCUUCACAGUCUACCUGGGACCCCGGCCUGUUGUCAUCCUGUAUGGGUACAAGGCAGUGAAGGAGGCUCUGGUGAAUCAAGCUGAAGCUUUCUCUGGCCGAGGACCCAUCGCCAUCAUCGAUCCCUUCUUCAAGGGGAGAGGUUUGGUCUUUGUCAAUGGAAAGUCUUGGAAGGUCCUUCGGCAGUUCUCUCAGCUCACCAUGAGAGAGUUUGGGAUGGGGAAGCAGAGCAUUGAGAAGCAAAUCCAGGAGGAGGCUCAGCAUCUGGUAGAGGAGCUCCAGAAAUCCCGGGGGGCCUAUCUGGAUCCCACCUUCUUCUUUCACUCCGCCAUGGCUAACAUCAUUUGUACUAUCAUCUUUGGCCAGCGCUUCAAUAACCAGGACCCCAGAUUCCUACCGUUGCUACAUUUAAUGAAUGAUGUCUCUGAUCUUUCCAGCUCUUUCUACGGCCAGAUGUUUGAAGUCUUCUCCGGCAUCCUGAAAUACUUUCCGGGCAUCCACAGGGACGUGUACAGCAAAGUCCAAGAAAUUGAAGAUUUUGUCAUUAAGAACAUCCAGAGGCACCGGGAAAUGCUGGACCCCAGCGCCCCAAAGGACUUCAUCGAUUCCUUCCUGGUCCGCAUGGACAAGGAGAGCUCUGAUCCUGAGAGCAAGUUUCACUUCAAGAACCUUGUCUACACGGUCGUCUUGCUGUUUCUCGCUGGCACAGAGAGCUCCAGCAACACUCUCUUGCAUGGAUUUGUACUCCUUCUUAAGAACCCUGAUGUUGUAGAGAAAGUCCAGGAGGAGAUUGACAGAGUGAUUGGCUCACAUCAUCUCCCAGCCCUUGAAGAUCGGGCAAAAAUGCCUUACACAGAUGCCGUCAUCCAUGAAAUUCAGAGAUUCAGUGACGUCCUCCCCCUUGGUGUUCCGCGUUGUGUCAUCAAGGACACUCACUUCCGGGGAUAUCAUCUCCCUAAGGGCACCACUGUGUAUCCCAUCUUGAGCUCCGUCCUCCAUGAGCCAUGCCACUUUGAGAAGCCAGAAACGUUCCACCCUGGCCACUUCCUGGAUGCGGAGGGCAACUUCAUGCAGGAGACCUUUAUCCCAUUCUCCCUAGGAAGAUGCCUUUGCCUGGGUGAGAGCCUGGCCCGCUCAGAGCUCUUCCUGUUCUUGACCUCUGUGCUACAAAACUUCACCUUGAGAUCUCCCAAGGCCCUGGAAGAUAUUGAUAUCACUCCCCGGAGGAAUGGGCUGGGAAAAAUGCCCCCUGAGUUCCAGCUCUGCUUCCUGCCCCGCCAGGGAGUGGCACCAAGGCUGUAG